AUGGAUUCGGUUUCACUCGGCGGCAGUGUCACGAUCGAAGUUACAGGCCCCCACAUCGACAAAACGGCUCGCCUCCAAUCCAUCGCGCUGUCGGCAGUGUUUGCGUCGGUGAAGAUGGAUGGCUUGGACUCGGCGCCCUACCCUGGGGCAAAAGCAGUGCGUGGCGACAUCGCGCUGAACACCCGCAUUCCGCGGGACUUGCACUUUCGGCAGAGUCUUCGCCCGCGAGAUUUUGCCAUCGAAGCGACUGUACGAACGAAAGCAGAACACCGCGUGGAACCGCAACCGCCAUCGAGAUCAUUGAGGGGAACGAAAAAAACUCGUCCAACAAGGGCUCAUGACAGCGUCCACACGUUGCGACAAAUGUGGAAUCGCUGUGGCGAUGAGUGUACGCUGUCGGAUGCAAGUACAUGUCGAUCCAAGGAAAUGCUGCAAAACGCCCAUGACCUAGCCGUAAAGCGAGCGAUAUCGCUAGCGUCCGAAGAAGUCGUGGCAGCUGACGAAUACGCUGCUGCGUGUCGUGCGCAAAAGAUGGUCGAGUAUCGACACCAUCGAUGUCUGAAAGGCACCUGGAACCCUUCGAAUCAUCUUCUGUAUCUCUGUGAACCAUGAUUGUAAACUACAAUCUCGAUACCAUCGCGUUGCGCUGUCCCUUUGCAUUCCAGCACAAGUACUUGGUUUCGACGUCGAUCAUAUGC